UAGCAAUCUUAGCUUUGUGGCUCUCAUAAAUUUCAAAGAAGAAAGCAAAUGGGGAACGUAUUUGUUGUGUUAACCCCUCUCCUUCAUGGACUCGUGAAGCUAGCGGGGUUAACACCACAAACUAUAGAGAUCGAGCCUGGAACCUGGAUGAAUGUUUGGGUUCCAAAAGAAAUCGUCACCAAAGAUGACGGCAAAACCGUUUAUGUACCACCCAACAAGCCUGCGGUACUACUGCUCCACUCUUUCGCCAUGGACGGCAUUUUCACGUGGUUUUUGCAGGUUUUUGCGUUGACACGAGACUAUUCGGUCUACGUGCCUGAUUUUUUGUUCUUCGGUGGCUCAAUCACCGAUAGAAAGGAGAGGUCGGCUAGGUUUCAGGCUGAGUUUGUAGCGAAAGGGUUGGAGAGGCUAAAAGUCGAGAAGGUGACACUGGUUGGGUUGAGUUAUGGAGGGAUGGUCGGGUUCCAGAUGGCUAAGUUUUACCCGAAGUUGGUCAAGUCUAUGGUCGUGUCAGGCACCGUCAUAGAGAUGACCGAAUCCAUUAGCCGUGACUCGUACAAGAAACUUGGCUUGUCGAGUUGGUCGGACCUUUUGAUGCCCAAAACAAUCAAUGGACUAAAGAGAAUGUUUUCGAUUGGGUUUCAUGAAGUCCCAUGGGUUCCCGAUUUCGUUUAUCGAGACAUUCUUAAGACGAUGUUCGACAAUCGAAAAGAAAGAAACGAACUCUUAGAGGCUCUGGUUGUUCAUGACGAAGAUGCAACCUUGGAUGGCAACUAUUCGCAGACGAUACGUAUGUUAUGGGGUGAUGACGACAAAAUCUUCGAUCUCGACCUUGCAACAACCAUGAAAACGCGAUUAGGUGAGAAAACAACGCUAGAUUGGAUAAAGGAUGCAGGGCAUUUGGUACCACUGGAACGACCCUUCGUUUAUAACAAUCGGCUUAAAUCUAUUCUUGAAUAUCUGACUAAAAAUCAGUAAGUUGAUAAAUAUGUAUCUCAGUUAUUAUUCGUUGUUGUUUUGGAAUUUCUGUAAUUAAGUUCAUUUAUUUGUUUUUUUUUAUUAGUAGAU